AUGGCUUCCCAACACCCGCCGCCUUCAAAGCUUCAUGCAAACAUCCUCGAGUCGUUCCCAGACGAAGAAACCCCUCUAAUCCCAUCCAUUCACGGCCCUCCGACCUCACAUAAAAAGUCUUCACCAUGGCUCGACGAGACGAUAUUGCUAGUCAAAGCUUCGAUCCCAGUGAUACUGGCCUACAUGCUCCAAAACAGCUUGCAGACAGUCUCCAUCCUCAUGGUCGGCCGUCUUUCACCUGAAGCUCUGGCAACUGCUGCCUUUUCUUACAUGUUCGCUAUGGCCACUGCAUGGCUGAUCGCGCUCGGCGGAACGACUGCCCUUGAUACCCUCGGCUCGAGUAGCUAUACUAGCUCUAAGAACAAACACGAUUUGGGCAUACUUCUGCAGAGAGGUCUGUUUGUUUUGACAGCCUUCUACGGUGUGGUUGCGGUUAUUUGGUGUUUCUCCGGAUACAUCUUCCGGGCUCUGGGGCAAGAAGACUUCAUCUGUAUCCAGGGGCCUAAAUUCUUGCAACUCCUGAUCCCUGGUGGUCUUGGGUAUGUCUGGUUCGAAGCGAUGAAGAAGUACCUCCAAGCACAAGGGAUUUACCGACCGGGCACCUACGCUCUGCUUGUCACAUCCCCUCUCAACGCACUGCUAAACUACCUCUUCAUCUACCCUUUCGGCUUUGGUCUUUACGGAUCCCCCAUUGCUACUGGUAUCUCAUAUUGGCUAUCUUUCUUCAUAUUAGUUGGUUAUGCCACUUUUGUGAAAGGUGGAGAAUGCUGGGGAGGAUGGGAGCCACGAAAAGCGCUCCAACAUCUUGGGCCAUUUGCCAAGUUGGCUUUUCUGGGUGUCAUCCAUGUCGGUACUGAGUGGUGGGCGUUUGAGAUUGUGGCUCUGGCUGCUGGACGUCUCGGUACGAUACCACUUGCUGCUCAGUCAGUGGUCAUGACGCUGGAUCAAAUCAUCAACACGAUCCCUUUCGGGCUUGGUGUUGCUGCUUCUGCUAGACUUGGCAAUCUUCUUGGUCUCGGUGACGCAUUGCAGGCAAGACGCUGUGCACACUCGGCGGCUCUAUUGUCCAUUUUCUUUGGCAGCGUUAUCCUCACCAUUCUCAUGUCCACCAAGAAUGUUAUAGGUCGCAUCUUCAACGACGACAAAGAAGUCAUUGCACUCGUCGCCCGUAUCAUGCCCUACGUAGCGCUCUUCCAGAUCGCAGACGGCUUGAACGGGAGUUGCGGAGGAGCGCUACGUGGAAUGGGCAGGCAGUGGGUUGGUGCCCUCGUCAAUUGCAUUAGCUACUACGGCGGUGCGCUACCAGCUGGCAUUUGGCUUGCUUUCCACGGUUGGGGAUUAUCUGGACUAUGGGUUGGACAGUGUGUGGCCCUGUUUCUCGUCGGUAUUCUAGAGUGGAUUAUUAUUGCUAUGUGCAAUUGGAAGAAAGAGGUCAAGAGGGCGGCGGAUAGAAAUGACCAUGAUGACCUGCAGACUGCUACAGAGGAGUAG